AUGACGAUGGUCAUUGAGAACCAGAACCGCCAGUACGGCGGUAUAGGCUUCGAUAGUGUCUACCCGAACAAUCUGUCACACAGCCAAAGUCCCCAAUUUACAGAUCCUUGGGCGCAGACAUCGUCGCACUCGAACCCGCCUGUUUAUACAACCACCUCGAUGGGUAGCAGUCACUUGGCCUUGAACCCCGUCAAACACGAAGAUGUCACCCGGCCGACUGCCAUUUCCAUGCCCUACUCUACCAUUCCGGUCUCGGGCCCGUCACUGGUAGCCGGCAGCAACUACUCGUCGGCUGGUUAUGGAGGCUCCGAUAUGUUGAACAUGCAGCACGACAUGCCUCGCUCCAGCUUUGACGCCGCGCCUUCAUACACUGCUGCUGCCCCCAUCAAUAGCUUCACACCUACCAACUACACAUCACUGGGCUACGCCUCGGGGUUAUCUCAGCAAGAUGCUCGCCGCAUGUCUCAUCCAGCCGAUGCCCGCAUAUCCCAAUCUUCCACAUCAUACAGUGACGCCAUUGAUGCCAGCCGCGGAAUGGUUGCUCUGAGUCAGGAUUUGACACCACGUAAUAUCUAUGCCCCUCGAAGCUCCCGAGGUUCUGCCGAUUCUUACGGAUUCCCUUCUACCCACUCGUCCGUGUCUUCAAUGUCGUCCGCCAGCAACUACCCAUACUACAGCGCCUCCGUGGCCUCGGUCGAUUCUUCCGUCACCGAUUACAGUUCGACCUCGGACCAAUACGAUGGAAUGCCUUCACGAACCCUGCCCCGACCAAAUGGUCUUUUAGGAGCAGCAGCACCUGCAGGUCCUCAGUCGAUGAUGGGCCAAUUCAGCUCCAAGGUGCCGUCAAAUGCGCAAAAGAAACACAAAUGCAAAGUUUGCGACAAGCGCUUUACCCGUCCCUCAUCUCUUCAAACGCACAUGUACAGUCACACUGGCGAGAAACCAUAUGCGUGCGAUGUGGAAGGCUGCGGACGUCAUUUCUCCGUUGUAUCCAAUCUGCGGCGGCACAAAAAGGUCCACAAGGGCGAAAAGGAAACUGGUUCUGGUGAAGAAGAUGAAUAG